AUGAGCGGUUGCGGGCCGCACCCCGGCACGGCGGGUGAUCUCCUCCUCCUCGGUGUCGACCAGGGUGAGGUGCUGCCGCGGGAGUUUCUCACGGGCAAGCGUCACGGCCACAUCAUCGAAUUCCGGGUUGGCCUCCACGUAGAGGAUAUUCAUUUCACGGCCGGGAGCUGCUCGCGACGUGGGCACCGUCGCGGCCACCUCGUCACGGGUUGGCUCGCGCGGAGCGUGACCUAUAAAAUGUGCCCACUCACUCAAAACAAUACACCACCAAACACUCGGCGACACACGACAAACAGCAACUACUACCAAUCGUCUAGCCGAUUCUUCCCUUGCUGCAGCAUCUGUAACUUCCUUCUCUCCUUCGUCCACCUUCCGCGGCUGAUUAAUGGCAACCAUGAUGACCAUGAGCUCCUUCGCCGGUGCCGCCGUCCUGCCGCGUGGCUCGACCGGCCACUUCGGUGCCCAGUCUCUGCCUGCGCUGGGCCGACGCAGCCUCGUCGUCAGGGCACAAACCGAUGGCCCGAGUGCACCACCGCAAACAAACCCAAGGCGAGCACCUCAAUUUGGGACGCGCUCGCGUUUGCUGGCCCCGCGCCUGAGCGCAUCAACGGGCGUCUGGCCAUGGUGGGCUUCGUGACUGCACUCGCCGUGGAGGCAGGCCGCGGCGACGGGCUCCUCUCGCAGCUCAGCAGCGGCACCGGGCAGGCGUGGUUCGUCUACUCCGUGGCGGUGCUGUCUGUGGCGUCCCUGGUGCCACUGCUCGCGAGGGCAGAGCCGGCGCCAUCAUGAAUGCCAAUGCGGAGCUCUGGAAUGGCCGCUUCGCCAUGCUCGGUCUCGUCGCGCUCGCCGCCACCGAGAUCAUCACCGGCGCGCUCUUCAUCAACGUGUAGAACUAGCUUUGUCAUGGACCGGAUAACACAACCUAUAGCUAGUAGGACAUGUAAAUGAUGAGAACUGAUCAUCUUUCAUAUUCUUUGUAGUUCUGUACUUACUAAUUAAAGACAGUUCAUACUACCGGA